GGGAUUAAUAUUCGGAUGACAGGAAUCAGUCGCGCAAGACUCGUUGACAGAACAGUAUUUAUUUUUCGCGAUCGAAACAUGAAUUUAUCAUGGGUACUUCCGAUCUCUGGAUAAAAGACAUUCUCACUGUUUAUGGAUCUACUCUCUUGACUAUUCUGAUAAUUGUUUAUAUUAUUAAUUGGCGCUGGACGAAAUUUGUGAAGAAUAUCUAUCGACUGCAUUUGAUGGGAUUCGAAACAGAAUGUGCUGAGUUGGCAGUGAAUUAUAAGGAACGAUUAUUUGCUCCAUUAAAUGAAGCAUUCAGUAAUGAUGAAAUAUUAAAGGUGGAAGGGGCUAUUAGAUUGUUAGAAAUCGGAGUGAAAACUGGGGAGAAUUUCCAUUUUUACCCCGACAAAACUCAUCUCAUCUGUGUGGACUGGAAUUAUAAAUUGGAAGAUUACUUAACGAAAAGCGAUCGCGCCUGGCAAUUCUCGCAUAUUAAAUUUGAGAAGCUGAUAAUCGGCGAUGGGACAUCAUUAAAAGAGAUUCCGAGUAAUUAUGUGGAUGCUGUUGUCACGGUGAGAUCAUUGUGUUCAUGUUCCUCAGUGCGAGAGACUCUGGGGGAAAUUCGAAGAGUUCUAGCACCGGGAGGGAAAUAUUUUUUUCUGGAGCACAUCCCAGAGCAGGAGGAGACAUUCACACACUGGUUCCAGUGGUUUUUAACAAAAUCUAAAAUCUACCCGUCAUUAUUCGGUGAUUGCAGACUAGAUUCUAGUCCUCUCAACGAUAUAAACACCGCGGGUUUCUCAAAAAUCUCCUGUGAAUCAAUUAUCCUCAAAGGCUACGUCACGCAUCCGUAUCAUUUAUAUUUAACUCGAAACCACAUUAUGGGCAUUGCCAGUAAAUAAUUAAAUAAAAUACAGAUGCAUAACAUCGGA